UACGAUUUGAAAUUUGUGCGGAAUAACUUUGUGAGAAAAUUGAUUAGUGUUCGCUCUUCGUGAAAUGUUCCAAUGUUGGUGUAAAUACCACAAGCAUGGUUUGCGAGAAAAAGCAUUUUUCAGUUACGCGUUGAAUUUAAAAAAUAAUAUAUUAAUGAAGUUUUGAGUUCUCGGUGUUGUAAAUGUAAUGGUGUUUCAGUUCAGAAUUCCGUUUUCUUUCGUACGAAACUUGAAGUAAUAACAAGGUCGUUUUUUCGUCGUUACGAUUUAAUAUUAGUUUCAAGAAACACGACGGUGUGUGAUCGUACCUAAUCAUUUUCGGCCUACAUAACCUUACAUCAAUCGUACAAUUUCAUGCUCGAGUCGUACCAUCUCAUGUUGCACGCCUUAUCAAUAGUCCUCGUUAUCCGGUUUUUCUGUAACGACGAAGGAAAUAUGUUCUCUACGAUAUAACUUAAUCAUUUGAAGAUCAAGUUCCACGUGCACUCGCUUUAGCGAGUAGUAAACAUAACUUUUCUCUUGCAAUGAUGAGAAGUGAAGACACAAUGGAUGAACUUUGCGAAAGUUUCAAAGAUACUAGUCUGGAGGAAAGGUUGUUAGAUGAUUCUAGUCUCAGUACUGAACAAGAAGAGCUUGUUUGUUCAAUAUGCAAUGAACCUUACUGUAACGCUUCACCUCGCGUUUUGUCCUGUCUACAUGUAUUCUGUGAGAGUUGUAUCGACAAAUUACUCGAUACUUCGACAGAAUCGCCAGAUGGACAGAAAGAUGUUCGCUGUGUGAUUUGUGAACAAGUUACCAACUUGAAUACGAGAGGAGCGGCGUCGUUACCUUGCGAUUAUGUGUUGAUGAACUUAUUCGAAAUAGGCGCGAUAAACUCUUCCUCGUUAUUGUGUACUAGUUGCAAAGCUAAAGAAAAGGCAGUGGCUAGAUGCGUGGAUUGCCCUCACUUUUUAUGUCCUAAUUGCAGUACUGCUCAUCAGUAUAUGAGAUGCUUUGAAAACCAUUACGUCGUAUCGUUGGAAGAACUGAAGCAAUCCAAUGAUAAGAUACCGUUUCAUAAACCAAUUUAUUGCGAAGUGCACAAAAAGUUGAUCAAGUUGUACUGCCAUACGUGCCAAGAAGCGAUUUGCUUCGAAUGUACCAACAAUGAACACAAAUCUCCGUUACAUGUGUUCGAUAAUUUGAGCACGGUUGGUUUGCAAGAAAGGCAGAGGCUCGAAAGUUUGAUUAACGAUAGUAAACUGAAAUUGGACGAGUGUAUGAAAACCAAUUCCGAUUUGGAAAACGCGUUAAGCGAAUUGCAAGUACAGCACGAUAGCGCUAAGGAUUUGAUUAAUGAAACUUUUCAGAGUUAUAAGGCAGUAUUAGAAAAAUGUCGAGAUGAAGCGUUGGAACAAUUGGGAAAAGUUCAUACUUGUCAAGAGCUCAAAGUGAUGGACGCGAUGCAAAAUGUGGAGAAGAGAAUAGACAAGACGGAACAUGCGUGUUCGUUCGCAGCGCGUCUGUUGGAGAACGGAAGUGAUAGCGAGCUACUUAUGCUGAAUCGAGUAAUUUCUAAACAAUUGGAAAUGCUGAGUGAGAACGUUAAUUUUCAAUAUAAUUACUGCACGUCUUUGAAUUUCAUCACCGAUAUGGAAGAAUUCAGCAGCGUAACGAAGAAAUCGUUUGGUUACGUCGAAGAUCCGGAUGCUGCGGUAGUGGCCAAUGAAAACGUAGCGGAAGCAUGUUCGGUUGGUCGCGAACAGAAUAUAGAAUGCAACACCGAAUGUCUCGUGCAAAACAAUACUUUGGCUAUAAACGUGAUGAACGGUAACGGAUUAGGAGGCGGUGGCGCUAGUACGUCGAAUACUACAGUCAGUAUGCAGUCGAGUCCGGUAACCAGCAGUCCGUUGUCGAUGCCUUCGUCGUUCGAUGGAGAUCUCAAUUUUCAAGGCGUUACCCCUCAAACUCCGCCGUUGGAAGGAUUAACAACGUUGGGAGAGAUGAAUUUGACUCGUUUGGCGUCGCUGGCAGCUUGUAAUGGUAAACCGCCUUCACCACCGAUUACCAAUGCUAACAACAUGGCGCCGUCGUUUCCGCUGGACUUACUGGGAGCACCGUCCGAUAUACCGUCUAAUUUAAUAAAUAAUAUUCAAGCGUUAGCUAAAUUGGGAAAUGUUCAUAUGCCUGAGCCAGACAUGAUGACAAACGGUUACGGCAGUGUGAAUGGUAUCGGCGGGUCGAGCGUUAUAGGGGCGCCAUCUUACGAUUCUAGUGUGGAAGCAUCUUCGGUUCUAGAUUUAGUCAACGGUUCCUCUUUACCUGUGGUGAACGGCCAUAAUUCACCUUACGAUAAUGGCAAUUCUCACUUUUUCGGAUCACAUAAUGGAGUCGACUCUUCGAUGAUGCACAAUAUGGGCAUGAAUCAUCAUAACGGAUAUGCUAGCAAUUACACUCGAAGUAGUUCGCAACGAGUAGCGGCGCUUGAAAUUCAUUUUAAAUUUGGCCAACUCGGUUCGGCGCCUUGUCAGUUCGGAUCUCCGCACGGAUUUUGUAUAGGCCAGGAUGACGCUAUCAUCGUAGCUGAUACGAAUAAUCAUCGUAUACAAAUUUUCAAUAAAGACGGCGAAUUCAGAACGCAAUUUGGUAUGGCUGGCAAAUUAGAAGGUCAACUGUGGUAUCCUAGGAAAGUAGAGCUUUUACCGUCCGGUAAUUAUGUGAUUUGUGAUCGCGGAAAUGAACGGUCACGUCUUCAGUUAUUCUCCAGAGAUGGAAUGUUUAUCAAAAAAAUUAGAUUGAAGUACGUUGAUAUUGUCGCGGGUAUGACUGUUACCGAAGAAGGCGAAAUUGUAAUCGUCGAUAGUGUUCAACCUUCUUUGUAUAAACUCGAUGAACAUGGAACGUUGUCGACUUGGUUCGAUUGCAAAGGCGUAAUGACCGAGCCAUCGGAUAUCGCCGUCAAAGAUCAAAAAUUUUAUAUAUGCGAUUUCAAAGGACACUGCGUCGUGGUUUUCUCACCUGAUGGACAUUUUCUUAAUCGAAUCGGUAAUCAAGGUUUAACCGACUAUCCGAACGGUAUCGAUGUGUUACCCAACGGGCAUAUUUUAGUCGGCGAUUCUCACGGUAAUAAAUUUCACAUUUGCAUCUUCCUUCCGGAUGGAACGUUGUUAUGCGAGUACGAGUGUCCGUACGUAAAGGUUUCAAGGUGUUGCGGUCUGAAAAUUACGUCGGAAGGUUGCAUUAUCACGGUGGCGAAAAACAAUCACCACGUAUUGGUUUUAAAGAGUCCUUUUUAACGAUUCGUUUUCUUAGUUGACUUUGAAUCGAAACUUACACAAUUAGUUAUUUUAUUUGCGUAACCUCAUCGUAAAUUAGUCAUUUUUAUUUAUUUUUUGCCCCCUUUUUUCUCUUUAUUUUUUCCCCUGUCUCAUUUUCCCCUUAAUUUACCUCAAGGUAAUGUAGCGAGCGUGUAGUUACGUGAAAUUUUUUACAAAUACUAUGUUAUAUUAAUUUCUCUCUCACGUUUUUGAAAUUGUUUAAACAUUUCGUGUACCUUUUCUUUCCUCGUUUUAUCCAUUUUAUCUCUUAAUAAUUAUUUUUAUUUUUGGUCGUAAAUGUAAUCUAAUUCUAUUAGUGAUAUUAUCAUAUUCUUUUUUUCUUUUUUUUUUCAUUUUAUUUUAUUUAAUUUUUUUUUUUUCAUUCAAUGAUCGAACUGUGGUUUUUAAUUUUUCUUGCCUUUUUAUUUUUUAAUUUGUUUUUUUGUUUUUCUCUUUUUUUCUUCCUUUUUUUUUUGUUUUCUAUUUUGUGUAUGCGUUGUGUUAUUAUUAUUAAUUCGGAUAUUUCGAAACCAGUAGUUUUUAUUACGUGCAUUUAGUUUUAACCCGAAUAACGCGUUUUGUAUUUUUGUGAAGUUGAUGAAAUUUUUACGUUUAUUCUGAUAUAAUAAUUUUACGACGAAACGUGUAUUCGUAAUAUUAUCGAAUUACGCGAUUUCGAAUAAUAUUAUUUUUACUGGUCACUGUUAUUUUAUCGUCAUUAUCAUUAAUUUUUUUUCUCUUUUCAUUGUUGGUUUAUUCAUGUUUAUCGAUAUUGGUUUAAUUUAAACUCGAUGAGUGUGUAUUUACGAAGUUUUAAUUUUUUUUUUUAAAACCUAUUUUAGAUGAAAAUUUUAACCGUAAAAUGGUUGUGAAAACGCAGUUUAUUUUAUUUUAAUUUCUAAUACCCCCUUCCCCCUCCCAUUUUUAUUGAAUUUUUGCUCUUUAUAUUUUGUAAGCGCUAAAAAAAAAAGAAAUUGAAAAAAAAAUUGAUUGAGAAAUUAUGUAUUAUGUACGCAAAUUUGUGUGGAAUGUGUUCAGAAAAACGGUCUAAUGACAGAAUUUUUUUCCUAAUCUUGACUAUUCUGUUAUUUGUUUUUUUUUUUUUUUUUUUGUUUAUUUUUAAUUCUUUUUUUUAAUUUUAGGGUCUUUUUUUUAAUCGUUAAACUGUGUGUGCGUGUUUUUUUUUUCAAAUUUUAUUUUAAGUAUAUACGCUAAACACUCGCUAUGAAGUUUUGUGAAGAUUUUCGUCUCGUAUAGGCUGGUGAAUUCUUCACGAUGUUCUGAUUUUUACUGCAUUAUAAAGUGUUUGAAGAAAAAAAUCGAAGCUCCUUUAUCUUCUUCCAGUUAGCGCAGUGGAAACCAAUUUAUUGCUGGGGAGAAAGAAGAACUGAAAUUUUUUUAAAUUUAAAUACUUCGAUAGUAAUAAUAAGAACCUAUGAAUAAUUUUUUUGUUUUUAUUUUUAUCAUUAUUACGUAUAUACAUUUUUUUUUUGUUUCAA